AAUAUCAGCGAAACUUUUGAUGGUGGCAGUGUAGAGGAGGAUGAUGCUUCGCAAAAAUUGUCUGUAUGCGUGUAGCGUAAACAAUGUAACUUCAUCUGGCUGCUAGCUAACGUUAGCCCAUGAACAAAAGGGAGCACGCCUCUAUCUGUUAACAAGCGAGUCUGAGUGAGUUAACGUUCGCCACUCUCAACCGAACCGGUUGAUAUUUAUUUUCAACCACGGCGCUUUCCAUCGCAGAUGGGCAUCAUGGAUCCAAACCAGCGUGUUUGCGGUACCUGCUGCCUGGCUAUCAGCUAACAUCGCAGCUCACGUACCGUACUCACUCCGGAUGGAGUCAAAUAAUCAUUUCAACUAUGGCACCCACUCCUCAGCAAACUCAGGACUGAAACUCUCCUCAGGGGAUUCUCUUUAUACUAACGGGUCCUCAAUGAGUUUUCCUCAGCAGGGGAAGAAUCUGAAUGGCGAGAUGAAUGUGAAUGGCGCCACUACUGUACUUGGGUCCGGUGUACCUGGUUCCCACCCACCAACAGCUCCUUAUCCACACAUGAGCAACCACCACCAGAGCAGCAUGGGCUAUGACUACUUGUGGGGGGGGCACCCUCAGUAUAGUCCAGGCAUGGGCACCUCUCCUGGGCACGGGAUGCACCAGAAGCAGCCUACACCUGGGAUGGUGCAGCCUCAGUCGCAGCACCACUUCCAGGGUCAUGGACAGUACCAACUGAAUGGGGGUAUUGAAAGCUCCCACCAACCCCCUGUGGCAGGCCCACCAAACAUCCCUCUUACUGGGAAUCAGUACUGGAACAGGAGUAACCCUAGCCCACAGCAGAUAGGUUAUAAUUCCCACAGUAUGUAUGGGACCUACCAGAGUCAGGCACAUCCUGGAAUUACACCGUCACAGCAUCACCAGCAGCAGUCCUUACAGCCUCCCCCACAUCAACCGUCACAGCAGCACCCCCACUCCCAUCGCCACCACCACCACCAGCAGCACCAGCAGCCACAGCAUUAUGGCAUGAUGCCUAAUGGGAUGCCGUACUACCAGCAUCAGCCCCAGCACACGACCCUGCCAUCUCCUCAGCAGCAGCUAGCACAGCAGUCGCAGCCUCAAGGCCAGACCCAGAUGAUGCCCCCAGCAGCCCAGAAUUUUUCUCCUCCACGUGGCAGCCCACAGCACCACACUUUAGGUAGAGGGAGCACUGGCAGCCCUCUCCCUGUGGGGAUGACCUCUGCACCAAUGAUGUCACCAUCAACAGUGCAGGAUAGUGGAUCACCCAAGAGCCACAGCAGGGAUAGCAACAUGGGAAUGUCUUCUGUAAUGCAAGGGCAUACAAGGGAAGCUGUCAAGGAGGUAGACACAAGCUAUAAUGGCAAUGAAAGGGCACCUGCUGCCCAGAGGCUCCCCAAAACUGACAGUUACCAAUCAAAACCUUCAGCAGCCCAUGCGGGACCUACAAAUGAUUAUCGACAGCAUUCUGACCAGCCAGCAGCUCAGUGUCCAGAGAUGGCUUCUCCGGUCAGAGAUGCAGCCGUUAAUCCACCUCCCCAGUUUGUGUCAUCUCAGCUCCCUGUCUCUCCAUCACCUGCAGCAGUGUCAGUGUCUCUAACCAAGUCCUCUGCAGCUUCUGCUGUCUCUGGAUCUCCCAUAUCUGCCCCUGGGCCCCCGAUAGUUGCAUCCCCUGAUGUAGAAUCUACUCCACCACAAAUCUCAACACCUCCCAGUGUGUCCUCUGUUCCAUCUCCAGCUGCUCCUCCCAGGCUUUCCUCACCUCCCCUAAUGGUGCAAGGCCUCAGACCUCCCCCUUCUGCUGCAACUGAGAUACCCCCUGCUGGAUCCAAGCAUCUGUCAGCGGGGUCCUCUUCCUCCUCCCUGCCGGAAUCACCUCUGAAGUUGUCUACACCCCUAGCUUUGACUCAUAGCGAGUCUAGACCUGCCACAGUUUCCUUGGUCCCUCCAGUCUCUUCUUCAUUGGAGUCUGUGGCUCAUCAAUCAGCAUUUCCUCCUACAGCUUCUGGACCUCAUACAACUGUCUCCCCUCCUGCCACAGUGUCCAAGUCUUCUUACUCAGUGUCUGCACCCAUCUCAUCUCUUCAGCAGAUGGUACAAGGGUCCAAGCUAUCCUGCUUUCCCGAUACAUCUGGAGCUCAGCAUGAAAAGCCUGGAGUCCCAAAACUGAUGUCUGCCACUUCAUCUGUGGGUACAAACUCCUCAUCAGCUGGUCUGGUUCCAUCUCUUAUGUCAAUAUCAAGACCUUCGACCUCAACACCAACAGGCUCUUGUUUAACAACAUCUCCAUCUCCGAUGUCUGUGUCAGUUACUCCUUCAGUUGGCAGUAAACCUUGUGAACCAGCACCUACAGCCCAGCACCAGACAUACACUCCUCCAGCUGUAGACACUGGUCUUUCCACUGCCUCUGCAGCAUCAUCACCACCAGGAGGGGUGAAUUUACCCUCCCUAGCAGCCAAUGGAAGUCCUACAGUCCAACCUCUGUCUACCCUACCUCUUCUAACCACUCAAGCCUCUAGGACUGCACCUGUGUCCACUCCUCCUGCCUUGGUGUCUGUGCCUCCUGCAAUGGGUACAUCUUCUGGAAUGGUCCAAAGUUCUGAGUCCGAGCAGCCUCCACCUAACACCACUCCUCCUCAUGCACUAAAACAGUUGUCUCCCAAGCCAGAGCACCAUGGUCAUAGCGAGGACAGAAAAGUUUUCAGUAAUAAAAGACAUGGAAAACCAGAAGAACACCUCCCUCAGAUUGAUUCAUGCACAAUAAGGACACCACAGAAGGUGGAAGCGAUUGAGACUCAUAAAACUGAUCUUCCUGGGAAACCUUUGCAGACCACAGUUGCUUCUGAUAAGAUGGCUAAGAAUAAACAGACUGACUUUGAAAAGCAUGCCAUGCAAAGCAGUGUCAGUGACAUCUGUGAGACCGAGGACUCCAUGAUGGAGCAAACUCCACUCAGAAAGUCCCCACAGCUUCACAGUACAAGGGUAGAACAUAUGACCGAUGAAGAAAGUUUUGAGAACUCUUCACAUGCUGUUUUUGAAUUUGAUGACAAUUCAUCAUGUGACACAUCUUCUAGAAUUGAAAUCAGCUCGGUCUUUGAAAAGACCUCUCUAGAUGGUGACAGCUCAUGCGUAGAUGACUCUACUCACUUUGAAAACAGUUUUCACCUGAGAAAGGGCACGUCUCAGUUUGACAGCAGUUCCCAUGCCGAAGGGGAACCAUCUACUAUGUUUGACACCACUGGAGACAGCAGCUUCUCUGUUGAAGACUCCAGAGACGACACGCUGGACUCCACCAGAGAAGAGGAAACCUCUGAGGCAGAAGAGACCACGAACAGUUGCCAGAUCACUGGGGAAUCAAUGCUGGAGUCUUCGCUAAACAACACCGCUCAGAAGGAAGAGCCCUCUGUCGAUUCGAAUGAUGUGUCCAACUCGCGCUCGUUUGUGCAGUCUCAGCCUGGUCAUCAAGGACGUGAAGCAGAGUGGGCACCCAGAGGACAGGAUACACCAGACUCAGCUGGACGAAUAAGCAUUAAGACCACUGUUAAUGAGGCAUUAACUCUGCCGAGUUUCAAGAUGAGAGAUGAGAACUUCAUCGCCUUCAGUACCCCAGCAGAGAGCCCUGCUGUACACCCACUCCAACCAGUAACUGAUCAGGUUAUGUCAGCUGCUGGAGGACAUCUGAAAACCCCAGGGAAACCACGAAAACCUCGAGCGCCAAAGGCAAUAUGGAUUAAAACCUCAGCUCCUGAGGAGGCCCAGCGGAAGCCCCGUGUUCGAACCCCUAAAGGGGAGAAAAUCAAGACUGAAGAAGAAGGAGGCAAUAAAGAAGAGGGAGCCACGGGCAGAAAAAGAAAGAAGUCCCUCAAAGUGGAUGUCAAAGAAACAUCAGCUGUAUCUGGAGAGGCUGGGCCUCCAACAGAAGAGGUUGAUUCAAUCACAGCCACAAUUGAAGCUGUUCUGGCCAAUGCUUCAGCCAUUAGCACAGCAGUCGAGAAACCCAAGAAGGCGAAAAGGGUCAAGAAACAAGACCAAGAAGGAAAUGUGGUAAAAACAUCUAAACAAGAAGGCGAAAUGACUGCUGAUGAUGCUGAUGAAAAUGACGACGACAGCUCUACUGCAGGUGAAUCUAACAGACGGAGGGUUGCAACGGAGGAGCAGGUCCAAUUCCCUUUGUUGCAUGGGUGGAAGAGGGAGAUUCGCGUGAAGAAAACAGAGAACCGCAUGAAGGGUGAAACCUGGUAUUACACACCUUGUGGAAGAAGGAUGAAGCAGUUCCCGGAAAUAGUCAAGUACUUGAAUAGACACACAGACAGCGUGGUCACCAGAGAACACUUCAGCUUCAGCCCACGCAUGCCUGUUGGAGACUUCUAUGAAGAGAGAGAAACUCCCGAGGGUAUGAAGUGGGUGCUCUUGGCUAAUGAGGAGGUUCCCUCUAUGAUCAUGGCCAUCACUGGCCGGCGAGGUCGACCUCCAAAUCCAGAUAAAGAGAAACCCCGCCGAGUUCGUGGCCUGAAGGGAGGACAGGCCCGGCGCCCCGGUAGACCUCCCAAACCCAAGAUGAUUGACCUCCUUAGCAAAGUUGACGCGAAGCUGUUGAAGCGACUUGAGGCCAAGGAAGCUCUUACAGAGGAGGAAAAGGAGAAACUUGCAAAAAUCAAAAAGAAAAUGAAGAGAAAGGCAAGAAUGAAGAGAAGGGAGGAUGCUAAGAUUAAGAAGAUGAAAGAGGAAAAAAAGAAAGCCAAGCUUGAGCAAGAGGCAAAGGGCCUGGAGGUGAAGGCUGAACUAACCGACCCAACGGCACCACAGGUCACACAGGCGGCAUCCGAUUCUGUUGCAGAGCCGAAGAAGCCAGGCCGCAGAAGGUCAGUGAAGACUGAAGCUACUCCACCAGUACGGCAGACGGAUGAGGAGAGGAUAGCCCAGGGUAAGAGGGUGCUGGGUGCUCGGAGUAAGGCAAAGGCUCUGGCUAAAGCUCAGGCAGAGGCAGAGGCGGCAGCUCAAGCUGCUCUGUCAGCUAAGAGGGCAGCAGAGAGGAGAGCUCAGGCCCAGAGACGUCUGGAAGAAAGAAAGAGGCAGCAGUUGAUUGCAGAAGAGCUGAAGAAGCCUACAGAAGAUAUGUGUCUCACUGACCACAAACCCUUGCCAGAGCUGUCCCGUAUCCCUGGUGUAGUUCUUUCCGGCACAGCCUUUGCACACUGCCUGGCCGUGGUUGAGUUCCUACAUGGCUAUGGAAAGGUGAUCGGUCUCAAUAUACCCAAGGACAUUCCAAGCCUGUCUACCCUACAGGAGGGCCUCCUAGGCCUGGGCGAAAGCCAAGGAGAAGUCCAGGACCUACUGAUGAAGCUGGUGGAGGCUGCACUCCAUGAUCCAGGCCUGCCAUCGUAUUAUCAGUCUGUAAAGAUCCUUGGGGAAAAGCUGGUUGAGUUAGAGCUGACCCGCAGCACAGUUUCAGAAGUACUUCGCAUCUUUUUGGAAUCUCACGGUUAUGAGACAGAGGUGUGCAACACACUGAGGACCAAAACAUUUCAUGCCCUGCCUCCUGACACCAAGGCAGCUAUCCUGGGUUUCCUGGUGGAAGAGCUUAACAGCAGUAACAUUGUGACAAGUGACAUUGACAACACAUUGGAAAACAUGGCAACCUACAGGAAGAACAAGUGGAUAAUUGAGGGGAAACUGCGCAAACUGAAGGCGGCGCUAGCACGUCGUACAGGACGCUCGGAGGAAGAGCUGUGUUUUGAGGAGAGGAGGCGCAGUGCCAGAGUGGCUGAGGAAGAGAACCUCAGUCUAGAGGAGAGUGGUGUGGUCCUGGAGAGAGGCAACCGCCGUGCACGCAAAGAAGAGCCCAAACUCAGUGAUAGUGAGAGUCCUACCAAUGCCAGCAUUCCAGAGCUUGAAAGGCAGAUAGAUAAGCUAACCAAGCGUCAAGCAUUUUUCCGUAAAAAGCUUCUACAGUCAUCUCAUUCCAUGCGGGCCAUGUUGCUGGGCCAGGACCGUUACAGGCGCAGAUACUUGGCUUUGCCUCACCUCGGAGGAGUUCUAGUUGAGGGACCAGAAGAGCUCUUGACUUCGGGAGAUGUCCUUGUAGCUGAGGUGCCCGUCACCUUCCUCAAAAAGGAGCCCAAAGUUGAAGAGACCCCCAUGCCUACCACUCCCUCUCCUGCUCUACCUCCCUCUCCUUCCUCUGCUACCCCUGCCCAGGCCCAGACCUUUUCUCCAGAGGAUGACCCACUUCCUGGCACUGCAUCCCUCAUGAGCAGGCCAAGAGGACGUGGUCGUCCCCGAAAAAUCAAACCAGAAGUGGAGCUUCACCUCCGCACAGCAAAGAUCCGCCGCCGGCGUCGAAGUAGUGUCAGGUCUGGUGGUGAAGAAGGGCCGGGAUCACCAAACAGUGGCACACAAGACCUCACACAGGCUGCUUUCCAGAACUGGCUCAGCCAGUCACAGGAAGCAGUGACCAACGGCACAUGUUCAGCAGCAGGGGAAGCUCCAGAGGGUAAUCGACCAGAGGAGAGUGUGAAGCAGAUGGCAGAGAAACAAGGGCAGUGGUUCAACCUGCUCCCCAAACAACCGUGUGACGAUAACUCUCUCACUGAGCCCCAGAUGCCCACGUCACCCAGCUCACCCCCGAAACUCCUCCCUCAGAUCCCGAGUACUCUGCCUGCACUCGCUGCUCCACUCAUGCAGCCGGACCCACUCUUGCCUAGCUUGGCUCCUGCUGACCCUGUGACCCAAGCAACAUCACAGGACAUUCCCCCCACAACCCCUGCUUCUGCUGUUCCUGUUGGUGCCCCACCACCACUCCCUCAGCUUCUUCCAGCCCCCAUUCCUCCUGCUCCGACCACUGCUAUCAUCCCUGCCAGGCCAGGCCGCAGGCGGAGGAGGGGCAGCAGAGGCAGUAGUCCUGCCCGUAGAGGGCCACGAGGAGCUGCAGCUAAACGCCGCGGACGCCCUCCAAACUCUGUGUUCCAGGAGCUCGAGCAGCAGUACUUCACACAGCUAGUGGUCAAGCCCAUUCCAGCAUCAAUGGUCCGCGGCUGGUGGUGGAUCAAGGAUCCAGAAGAACUAUAUAACACCUUACAGGCCCUCCAUCCAAGAGGCAUCAGGGAGAAGGUGCUCCAUAAGCAUUUGGCCAAACAUAUGGAGAGCAUAGCUGAGAUAUGCACCAAACCUAUCAACGACCCAAUGUUUGAGUUAAAGGUAGAAGAGAAAGAUGCACUAGUGGAGGCUCUGCAGCAGCCGUGGCAAGUGCAGGAGAAGGCCAUGGAGACUGACAUCAGCGCCCUGCGGUGGGUGGAGGACAUGGAGCAGCGAGUCAUUGCUGCUGACCUCCAUCUGAAGGCACCUCCUCAGAGCGCAAUGAACGAUGCUGAAUCUAACACAGAGACACCAAUGGCAGAAUUCCAGCCCUACACAAUCCCAGAUCCAGACUCCACACGGGAUGACCUCCAAUACUACGAACAUGAUGCUGACCCACGCGAUGACUGGAUUGUGCGAACAAAAAAGGAGUGGUCCGGCCUGCCUCGCAUCGCCACACACCCUCUGGACCUGGCUGUGCUGCGACUGGCUAACCUUGAGCGAAACAUUGAGAGACGCUACCUGAAGGAGCCACUGUGGAACCCAGCUGAAGUGAUGCGCCUCGCUCCUCUCACACCUACACCAGGAGAGGAGCACCCCAUGGAUGUCAUUAGUCUGGAAAGUGAAAUCACCUCUCGACUACGAACAUGGCGGCAGGCUCUAGAUCGCUGUCGCAGCGCUCCCCAGCUCUGUCUGUGUUUACUUCAGCUGGAGAAGGCCAUUGCUUGGGAGAGAUCUGUGACUAAAGUGACUUGCCAGGUUUGCAGGAAGGGAGACAAUGAUGAGUGCCUGCUGCUGUGUGACAGCUGUGACCGUGGCUGCCACAUGUAUUGCCUGAGGCCCAAAAUCACCCAGGUGCCAGAGGGAGACUGGUUUUGUCCUACCUGCGUUGCCAAGGAGGAGGAUGAAUCUCCGCGCUCGUCAAAAAUGAGGAUCAGGGUGAAGAAGAGAAGAUAUGAAGACGACAGCUCUGAAGAUGAGAUGACAACACGACGUAGUUCUGGCAUGGCAACGCGGAACAAGGAGACCGUGGCACCUUCCUCAUCCGCUCGUUACUCUGGAGAAGGAGGCGGCACUAAACGGCGUCGCAUGACAACCCGCAACCAGCCUGACCUCACCUUCUGCGAGAUCAUUCUCAUGGAGAUGGAGGCUCAUGCAGAUGCCUGGCCAUUCCUUGAACCUGUCAACCCCCGACUGGUGCCAGGCUACCGCCGCAUCAUCAAAAACCCCAUGGACUUCCUAACAAUGAGAGAGAGACUGCUACAGGGAGGGUACUGCAGCUGUGAGGAGUUUGCGGCGGACGCUCACCUGGUCUUCAACAACUGUGAACUGUUCAAUGAGGACACGUCGGAGGUGGGAAUGGCUGGACACUCCAUGAGGCGUUUCUUUGAGAGCCGCUGGGCGGAGUUCUACUCAAAUAAGGACAAAUAGGAGCCUAUGAAGUUCCCCCUGAUGGUGGGGCUGUAGACUGUUGGUGCUGUCACCGUCCCAGUCACACUCUCUCCAAUACUGCUAAGACUGUCUGGAGGUUCUUCCAGCUAUGUGUAUUCUCUCAUGUAUAGGUAUAUAUGUAUAGAUUUUGGCUAUUUGUCUGUUAUCGUUUCCUCUACUGGCCGAAUCUUUUCAAGGCCCACAGCUGAACUGGCUUGAACUUGUACCCAUUCCCCAUCACAGAGAGUGAGAACAUGUCUCUCUUCACUUUUCCUUCCUCCUUUCGUGUCUCCUUAUCUUCACCUCAGCACCUCAUCUCCUGUUUGCAUUUUCCUGUCAUAUCCUUUCACAAGCCCCAUGUCGUAGCGAGGCCUUUGGUCAAGCCCUGCUGUGGGGUGAAGACACGGUCUCAGGCCCUGAGUAUUUUGGCUCUCAGACUCAUACUGAAGGUCAGGGACUGAUCACACUAUAGCAGCCUAACCGCUGCAUACUGGACCUGCUUAGCACCCGCUCAAUGAUAAAAUGGAUCAAAACUCUUCAGAGCCUGGGCCAUUUCUUACCUGUUCAAUGGAAAUGUAAUGUAACGUGGUCUUAUUCCUAGAAGUAAUUUUUUUGCUCAAUAUAUUUUUAUUAUAUAUUCUAUAUAUAAAUAUAUAUAAAGAUUACAAUAGCUGGGAUUAUUUAAUAGCAAUAGCUUGUAGUGAAUGUGUACAGAUUACCUUAUAGAGAUGUCUAGACGAUUUAUGAAAAGGCCAGUUAAACUAAAAGGAAUCUGUUUUUGGACUGUCACGAGUAGACGUUGUAUAACCUCCACUUAAAGUCUUGCACGCACACACAAACACUUUUCACCAACACACAAACACACGAACAAACACACAACAUGCACAUGAUUUCACACAUAUACCCACCUACUGCUGCUGUGUGAAAGACACUGGUUUCUGAAACUGGAGGACUUUUUAAUGUUGGUCAGUUAGUCUGGGCUUAGACUCUUAUAUUUCACUGUCCCUCCUGUUAAGAGUAAAUAAUCAGCUAUUUGCACCAGAUCUGUGUCACAACUGAGAGGAUGCUACUGCAAUUUUAGCACCUGUUAAAUAGUCCGAUUAGAUAACACAGCUCACACUGAAGUUUUACUCUUAUAUGCUAUAAAAUUGCCUCAAGACAAGAUAGUGUUUCAGCUUCAAGACUGCAACUGAGUGAUUCAUCCGUGUACAAAAUCAAAUGUUUGUCUGUAGCUCAUCUGAACGGGUGGAAAGGUCUAAAGGUGGUUAUGUGCGAGGCUAAAAUCCUCUCAUUUUAAAGACUAGCAUUGCAAAGGAGUUCUGAUAAUGAAGCACUGGGCACAUCCCUGCCUAGUUUUCUGUCUUGCAUUCCUUUUUAUGUUUUUUUUUUUUUUUUUUUGGGUUGUUUUUGUUUCUGUUUUUGCUGUACAAGGGCCAAUGUACGAUGUUGCACGGCAUGGUUGAUGUGCUAUGAAGGCGACAGGAUAAUUCCACAGUCCAGGUUUUAUUUAAACUUGUUUCUCACACUGAACUCAAAUGCGUUGAUAGAAAACAAACUUUGAUGUUCCUUAUUACACUUUAAGGGACAAGACGUUUUUUCAAAAAAGAAAAAAAAAAAAGACAUGAAAACCAAAUGUGGUGUUAAGUGAAUUUUUAAUAAUGUACAGUUUUGGUGACUUUAAAUUUGUUCCUUUAUAUUUUUAGGACCAAUUCAUCAUUUUUAAGAGGAGGUAUUACAAGACUCUGUUGUAUUAAGGUGAUGUAACACGUGUGCAUCUGUAGAAUGUACUGUGAGUUGAAUAAAAACCACAUCUAGUAGAGA